CGGGAGGCUCUUGUUCUUCCCGUGUCAGGUUUCGCGUAGCGGCUCCAGCCGAGAAGUCACGGCUGAACCGAAUCUGGCGAGGGCGAAGCUCGAAGUUUUGGGGAGGCUGUGCCCCGCAACAAGUUCGUGCUGCGGCUUGAAAUGCACUGCCUCCCCUCGACACUUUUGACGAGACAGCUUUGAUGUGCUAGCAACUCUUCGCUGCGCAUAUAUAGGUUUGCUUUGCGAAAAUUCAGCUUGCUUUUCCUUCAUCAAAAUCCGUCUGUACUGACAUAGUUUGACAUCCCACCUUCUUGGCCGCCUUCUCCGGUUCAUACACAUCAGCCUUCCACUGCAUCUUUCCUCGUAUUUCCAGCAGUCUUACAACAUCUCACCAUGUCAGAUCCAUAUAACCAGUACCCGCCUCAAGGACCAUACGGUCAACCAAGCUACGGCUCGCCAGCGCCUGCUUAUGGUGGUUACCAGUCGCCGCCACCAGCGCAAGGCUACGCCCCUCAGCCCGACUACUCCCAGCAGCAGUAUGGAGCACCCGCGCCAUAUGGCAGCCCGGCGCCGCAUGGCUAUGGCGCACCACCACCAGCCCAGUAUCAAGGCCCAAGCCAAGGGCAAUAUGGUCCGCCGGCAAACGGUGGCUUCCAACAUGGCCAGCAGCCUCCCCACGAGUACGGCGGCUACCAACAGGAGUAUCAUCGCGGCGACUACAAUAGCGCUGUGCCAGCAAAUCAAUAUCCACAGCAAGGCCCGUACGGUCAAGCACCAUCAGACCCGUCCUACAACCCAUCGAACCCGAACUACUCAAACUUCGACGCCAACUCUCAGGCUCCCGGCGGCGCCCAAGAGGGAGAGCGUGGCUUGAUGGGUGCCAUUGGUGGUGGCCUUGCAGGCCACUACGGUGGUAAAAAGGUUGGCCAUGGUCUAAUUGGCGCAGUAGCUGGUGCUAUCCUUGGUUCGAAAGCGGAAGACGCUUUGAAGGACAGGCACAAGCACAGCCAUCAUGGCGGAAGCAGCUAUGGCGGCAGCACUUUUGGAAAAUGGUGAAAAGCUGCAAUUUCGUCCAAGUCUUUUCUGCGCAAGUUUUCAUUGUAUCAUUUUGACGAUCAUGCUGUUCUCGGAAUAGCUUGCCACUGGCGUUUUUGGGAUUAAUUCAGGUGGAUAUUCUGUGUUUGAACGACUUUUCAAAGUGGCGAUGACGAAUUCGCUAUGAUGUGAAUUCCAUUCCGAAGGUCUGAUGAAUGUUAUUAGCAUAGCUUGUUAUUCGCAGGUAACAUCGCUUUGCAUGCCCUUUGUCAAAUGUUUGUUCCACGUAUAGUUUGACUUAGUCCCAUAUGUUUCAAGAAGCUCGGUCCAAGUUCGUCUCGAUGGUCUGUUCGUCUCAAAGCCCGGCAUUACAUUUCCGACUGGUUAGCAAUAUGAGAUUUCUAGAUAUCCUUCUUAAACGCUCAGAGCCAUGGAAACGAUAAACCACUUAAAGUGGGGAAUUUAAAUAUCUUUGUUCAUGUCGCAUCCAAAAACGUGGAAAUCGACGGCGACGGCUACAGAAAGAACUCGCGGCUGGCCAGGAGAAAACUUUGGGAACUCCGACGACAUGGUUUCAGUCACGCGGUU